GGAGGCGUUGUCAUGACCACGCCUACUCGAUGUGUCAACAAUAUGGCCGGCGAAAGUCAGGCACGACUCGGUCAGGCACAGCCUGUACAACAAGCUAUGGGGAAUAACAGGGAAGACACGAUGACUCAAGUAGUAAAUUCAUUUGUAGCAGGAGCAGUAGCCGGUGCUGUGGCCAAGACAACAAUAGCCCCAUUGGAUAGAACUAAAAUUCAUUUUCAAGUGACCGAUAGGAGAUACAGGUUUAGUAAAGCUUUGACAUUUCUUCAGAGGACCUACACGAAUGAUGGAUUCAGUACACUGUGGCGUGGUAACAGUGCCACACUAGUACGCGUUGUACCAUAUGCAGCUAUACAGUUUGCGUCUUAUGAGCAAUAUAAAAUGUUACUAAAACCCUCCAGUCAACAAGGAGGAGGAGGAGGAGGUCAAAAAGAUGAUAGUGUUCUUCCGCCUGUUAGAAGGUUCUUAGCAGGUUCUUUUGCUGGAAUGACAGCAACCACACUUACCUAUCCACUGGACAUGAUCAGAGCAAGAAUGGCUAUCACAAAGUCUGAGGGUAACAAGCGCGUUUCACUUCUUAGCAUCUCAAGAAUCAUUGUAAAGAACGAGGGACUCUUCACACUCUACAGGGGACUCUUACCAACAGUCCUUGGCGUGUUACCAUAUGCCGGGUGUAGCUUUUUUACAUAUGAGACACUGAAAGAUAAAUACAGGCAACAUUACAAUGAACCACCUUCUCCUUUGUUCAAAAUAGUCGCUGGAGCCUUUGCUGGUCUCAUGGGACAGACUACCUCCUAUCCUCUUGAUAUUGUGAGGCGAAGAAUGCAAACUGAGGGAGUCCUCACGCAAGUGAAGUAUCCAACUAUUGGUCAGACUGCGUUGUAUGUUAUAAGAACAGAGGGGCUGAGAGGAAUAUAUAAAGGAGUCACGAUGAACUGGAUAAAGGGACCUCUCUCUGUCACUAUUAGUUUUAACACUUACGAAUACAUAAAACAUUUCCUUGAGAAGUAUAAAGUUUUUGAAAGAUAGUGUCGGCUUUUUUUUCUACUCAGAGCAGUAGUCCCUGCUCCUCCUUUAGCUAUGAUGUAUCAUAGCAAAUGUUCUUAGUCAGGUUUUUAAAUGUUUUUUUUUUCAACAGAA